UACAAUAGAAAUAUAUAGCAAAACAACUAGGAAUAAAUAGUUUAAUGUUGCUAAAUAAAUGUUUUCGUUGAUUUCUAUUACAUUAGAUGGAUCGUCUAUAAAUAAAUCUUCUUAAAAUGAAUAGAACUAACAGAAAAUUGCCAAACAUUUUGGUGUCAGGUACACCAGGUGUUGGUAAAAGUUUAAUGUGCCGUUUAUUAUCAGAAAAAACAGGGUUAGAUUGGUUAGAAGUUAGUAAAUUAGCUAUUAAAUAUAAUUGUUUGGAAGAAUACGAUGAAGUAUAUCAAUGUCCAGUCUUGGACGAAGAUAAGUUACUCGAUAAUAUGGAAAGCAUUAUGAGUGAAGGUGGAAAAAUCGUUGAUUAUCACGGCGUUGAUUUCUUUCCAGAAAGGUGGUUCGACAUAGUCUUCGUUUUAAGAACAAAUAAUACAAUUUUAUAUGAUCGUUUAUUUGAACGAGGAUACAGAGGGAAAAAAUUAUCAGACAACAUAGAAAGUGAAAUAUUUGAAAUAAUUACAGAAGAAGCUAGAGCAUCGUAUAAAAAUGAAAUAGUUCAUGAAUUACAAAGCAAUACUAUGGAUGAGGCUAUUGAUAAUGUUAAUAGAAUAUGUCAAUGGAUCGAUCAAUGGACGAUAGAUAAUAAAUAGUUGUUAAAUAAAAUUUAUAUUUUAUAACUUAACACAUAAUUUCUACUCAUUUAUCGACACUGUAUAUAUAUAUUAUUCAAGAAAUAUAAGUAAC